AUGAUAAUUGCUCCUUGGGAAUCUGCAGCCAUCACGAACAAAAGAACAUCGACGAGGUACCUUGAACAAUCGGAUAGUGUGAGAUAUUUUCGACACAUCCCUCCGGUACCGACGGUGGAGAAGUUGUCCGACUGGGAGGUGGGUCUUCGUGAAGCUAUCCACCAAGCCUUACUAAGAGAAGGCUACUGGGAACCUAACCUUCGAGAACGGCUGACCGGCGCACAACUUAUAGGCCGCCAAGAUCAUGCCACACCGUUCGGCGACGUUGCCGUGCUAGCUCGAGGUCAACUGUAUGCCAUCCAUGCCGGAAAUUUCAUUCUAUUGCAGGAUCCAUACCAAAAUGACUGCGAUGAUUGCUACAACCCGAGAAGAUGCGAGAGACACGACUGUCAGCCUUACAGUCCACACAAUCAAGAAAUAUUGGUAGCCCUGUGGACUGUCAAGAGGAUACGGCACAGAGAUGUCGACAGAACUAGAUUCGAUCUAGAAUAUAUCGUGUCUCCCCUCAAUGCAAACAACGAUCAGAUCAUCAUGAGAAGGGGGAAAUUCAACUACGCCAUUCCGGGGCACGUUUUCGCUGUUCGAAGCGGUAAAAACGAAAAGAACUAUCCCGAGGUAUAUAAUCGAAAAAUUCCUCAAAAUAAUUUUAAGCCACAAGUUCCUUUGGGAGUAGAUUCCGAGGGACACAGGAACAUAUUAUACAGCUAUCCAGGUUUCUUCACAUCGCUUCCUGCUCAAUAUCUGCCACCUGAUGUCAGCGAUGAUACACAAGAAGCGCAAUUGUACAAAAAACUACUUGAAGUUCUUGCGUCAAAAACCAGUAGCACUCAACAACAAAACACUUCACAUGUCUCAUCGACUACGUCGAUGGAAGAAACCACUAAGGUAACAGGAAGUAGUCAAGAGCAGAUACCUACCACGCCAAGUAUGCCUACGUCGCCAAUGACGAUAAGCUCUACAGCUAGUACCAUUCCCAAAACAAUGACAACUAUGAAAACUACUAUAACUUACUAUAUGCCAACUGGUGAAGAAAUUCUAAUGCCUCAAACCGAACCAGCAACAACUCAAAAACUUUCACCAACCACUAAACCUCCAUCUCGACCGACCAAAAAAUAUACUACAAAAUCAAAGACUACUAAAAUACCUAGCAGCACAAAGAAAUCCACGAAAACGACUUUUUCAACCACAAAAAGACCAACCACAAUACCAAAAGCCAGUCAAUUACCUAGCAGUACAAAGAAGCCGAUAAAAACGACAAUUUCCACAACGAAAACACCAACCACUACCUCAACAAUACCGUCCACUUCCAAAAUGUAUGUUAAACCGACAUCCCGUACACCAACAAGUCCAACGACCACAAAGAUAAUCAAAACUAGUACAAAAACAGUACCUGUCACCACAUCCAGGCCAAUGACACAAAAAACUAGUACCAAAACCACAUUUACGAAACCUUCCACAAAAACAACCAUACCAAUAACUACAAUCACCACAACAACAAGGGUCACUACAACAUCUCCAACACUUCCUACUGUUAUUUCCACUCAAUAUGAAGCUCCAACGAAAACAACUGUAACUGCUGAGGGUAUUUCUACGGAAUAUAAAACUUCAAUUGCAUCGACUGAAGUGAUUUCAACACAAUAUCAAGCUCCAACAAGAACAACGAUACCUUCAACAGAAACGCCGACAACUAUGGUAACUACAUCAUCUCCGACAACAUUGAUAUCGACAACUUCUCCACUAGUAGAAGAAACUUCAACUGAACCGGCAACCGUUACAGAAGAGAAUGCUACAACAAAAAUUACAACUACUAAUUUUGAAACAACAAGUACAGUAUUACCUUCAACUGAAUAUGAAACAAAAUUAUCAACAGCAGUUACAGGGGAAAUAACACAGAAAACAACUUUACCCGAAGAAACUAUCACAAUAACUUUGGAAUCUACCAGUCCUGAAACAAUGACGCAAAUUCCAUUUUCUACAAUGACAACUACAGCUUCAACAACAACUAAACCUACAACAAAACCGACAAGUCGCAGAACAACCACUCCAAGCGAUUUCUUAACCGAAGCUGAGCCGUAUAACGGCCCCAUUUAUGUAGGUUCUGUAAAAAAUGAUUAUUCUCUAGACGACAUUUUUGGUCCUACGACACAGACAGAAAAACCUACGAGCACCAGUACUACAAGUCACACAGAAUCUGAUAUAUCCCAACAGUUGUUUGGUGGUGAGUUACCUCAAAACUCCAAGAUUAUAUUUUCUGGCUUUUAUGAAGCUUCUACAGCUGCUGAUGAAGAAAAUGAUCGAAAGAAAAAAGCCAGUCAAUUUCUGACAAGUCAAAGUUACGAAACUGAAGUUAGUUAUGAAGUGAAUAAGAGGAGUAACACUGAGGCUGUUGGUGUUUUGACAACAAGUACUUUGAGAACACCGACGAAACCAAUGUUCAGGAAGAGUUUGAAGAACAGAAAAUUCGACUAUACCAGAAAGAAACCAAGCAGAACCUUGAAGACUACAUCUACUACAACAGUUGUUGAAACUACAACGAUGGAGAGUACUUAUAUACAAAAAGUGACAUCAGCGACUGCUUCGUUUGCUGAUCCUCCUGUAGAAGAAUCUGUAGCUACUACUACACCGGCUGUAGAAGAAACCUCCAGUAAAGAUAAGGAAUUGGAAGUUUUUACAAAAGGUGCACCAGCCAAUAUAUUAAUCCCACCCCCAGAAACCCCUACUAAAGCCAUAGUUAAACAAAUGCCGACCAACAGAACUGAUUUUGUUAUAUAUAAAGCUGAAUAUCCCGAUGAAGUGACUGAAAUGAGUAUUCCAGAAAAUACCAAAGCCGUUUUUGAAGAUCUAGCCUUGAGGUUAGUCAGUCAUGCCAAAGGCUUAGAAUAUUUGAAUAGGACUAAUAGAACUGCCAAAGCUGCAAAGUACAGAAGGCGAAAAACCUACAUGUCUAGGUCCAAAAGACCUGUGAGGAAGAAAAAGGAACCGGAAGAGGAACAAAAGACUUAA